AUGGCCACCAAAGGCAACUCCCCCUUCGCGACCUUCCUCAUCGUAGGACCAACAUGUUUCUUCCUCGGCAUCCUCUUCGCCCUCUUCCCCUACGACUACAACGUCCUCUGGACCACCCCCUCCACGCACCCCCACUUCUCCGCCGACCCCACCACCGACCCCCGCGACACCUACUUCGCCCUGCAAGAAAACCACCUCAAAUUCCUGCACGCCUCCCCACCCCUCAUCUCCCGGAUCCUGCACAUCGUAAUCGGCACCGGCCUCCUCGGCUUCAUGAUGAAACUCUACAAACCUUCCGAGGCCAACAUGCUCUUCGACGGCGCGUCCCUGGUUCUCUACAUGUGCGGGAUUACUGUCUACAUCGCGAAUAUUGUGAAGGGGCUCAGGACUGUGACGGCGGGGGCGUAUGGCGGUGCGACGCUGGAUGAGGCGGGGAAGGUCGUCACGGAUCAGGUGAUUGAUGGGGAGAAUGUGGCUGAUUUCAUUGGGAGGGAGGAUAGUUUGAGGGUGUUGGCGGCGAGUAAUACGAUUCUUGCGCUGGUGCUGGUGGGAGUUUUGGUGUUGCAGGCGGGGCAGUGGUAUGCGCAGAGGAAGGAGGCGGAGGAGUUGGAGCAGAUGGAUAAGGCGAGGGAUGAGAAGAAGGCGGCGAAGGCGGCUGGAGCGAAUGCGAGGGAGAGUAAGAAGAAGUUGUAG